AUAACGGGUGAACACACUUUCCGGGUAGGAUUCAUCCACGAUUUAAGUAUUAAGGCUAUAGGGCCAAUAUUUUAAUUUUUAGUAAAAUCUAUCCCCUCACUUUUUCACCAUGAAACCUUUAAUGUUACAAGGGCACGAGCGUGCCAUUACUCAAAUUAAAUACAACAGAGAGGGUGAUUUAUUGUUCUCAUCUGCCAAGGACGUAACACCAAAUGUUUGGUAUUCGUUGAAUGGUGAACGUCUUGGCACGUACAAUGGCCAUACUGGAGCUGUGUGGUGUAUUGAUGUUGAUUGGAAAACCACAAAAUUUUUGUCCGGAGCUGCAGACAACACCUUAAGGCUUUGGGAUGUUGCUACUGGUGUGGAGAUUGGUAAUAUUAGUAGUAAUUCGGCCGUGCGUACGUGCUCAUUCAGCUAUUCAGCUGAUCUUGCUAGUUACUCAACAGAUCAGGCCAUGAAACAAGAUUGUGAAAUUUUUAUAGUGGAUGCUCGAGAUGAUGAAUCUUUUAAAAGUAGCGCUCCAAUUUUGAGAAUGACUGUACCAGAUUCCAAAGUGACUUCCUUAAUUUGGGGUACAUUGGACCAUACAAUCAUUACUGGACAUGAAGAUGGUGCCAUUACUCAAUGGGAUUUGAGAACUGGAAAGAGCAUUGAAUCUGUUAAAGACCAUCAAGGAUCAAUCAAUGACAUGCAAAAGAACCGACAAGGUACUAUGUUCGUUACUGCAUCAAAAGAUAAAACCGCAAAAUUAUUUGAUGUUGAUGAUUUAUCGGUCCACAAAGUUUAUGUGACUGAACGACCUGUCAACAGUGCUUCUCUUUCACCUAAAUAUGAUCAUGUYGUAUUGGGUGGUGGUCAAGAUGCUAUGGAUGUAACAACAACAGCAGCGCAAGCAGGAAAAUUCGAUGCCCGAUUCUUUCAUGUAGUUUUUGAAGAAGAAUUUGCAAGAGUAAAAGGUCAUUUCGGUCCAAUAAAUUCAUUAGCGUUCCAUCCAGAUGGUGAAAGUUUCAGUACUGGUGGAGAGGAUGGUUUCAUUAGGGUACAAUCAUUUGAUCCAACUUACAAAGAAUUUAGAUUUGAUUAUUGAUUAUUUAUUCUACUGUCAAUGUUAAUUCAAAAAAAAAAAAAAAAAAAA